GGAAUUAAGAUUUAUUUUUUUUAAUUUUUUUUUCAUGGUUGGUUCAUAUCUAAACGUGGGGAAGUUCUUCUAAUUCUUGGGUGUUUUCUUCAAAAUGAAUCAAGAGUCCCUAAUCAGUUCUAAAGAUGCCUGGUAAUGAGCAUGAGUAGGCAAUUUAUUCACAACCUCACCUGUUGCAAUUUUUUCCAAUGGAGUGCUAGAGAGGCAACAAUGGAACUAUUUGGUGUAAUUUUCCGAACACUGGUAGUAGGAUUGCUAUAUUCCUGUUGUUGUGAUUUGUACCUGUGACUGCUCAGGAGGACCUCAUUCUUUUUUCGAAGAAAUUGACUGAGGUCCACCGAAUGAUCCAAAAAGUCACACAACUUUUCAUAGUCGGGGCAACUUUUCAUAGUCGAGAUCCAAAAAACCACAAUGUGUAAACUUCCAAGGCAACUUUUCAUAGUCGAUUCGAACUUCAAAACAAUGAGUGACCCUCUCCAACCUCUACCCCUUGGCGAAUCAAAUUUGCUCUUCAAAACAUUAUGGAGCUCACACACCAUUUUUCCUCGGUCACCUUCUGUCAUGUUUGGCGUGAGGCCAAUCUUUUGGCUGACAACCUGGUUAAUCUAGGAUUUUAGGGCGUUUCCUUUCCUAUGCUUUCUCAUUCGGUUUGGAUUUCUCAGUUGCUCCUUUCCUCCAGCAAUGCCUUCCAGUUUGAUCUUUUUAGGGGGCGAUUGUUCUCGGGGGUUUUGUUUGUAAUUUUCUUUCUUUAUAGAAAAAGAUAAAAAAAAAACAUGUUGGUAAAUCAGAAAGAAUGUCCACUUCAACCAACACCCAUGCGUAAUAACCAAGAGCAACUUCUUGGGUUGCUUUAUAAGAAUUUCCACUAUAUGUUAGGCAUGCCAAUAUUGCUGACUUGAGCUUGAACAUGUGCUGGGCGAAGUGAUUCACCUGUGUGGCUUGUUGCAACAAGUGCAUGCAGUAAAAAGACAAUGACGACCAGAGCAAUUGGUGAAAAGGGCAGCAGCCAAGUAUUCAUCCAAAAUCUCAAGAUUACCCAGUUGGGGAAGUCAGGCCGAAUCGACGAAGCAGUCAAAGUUUUCUCGCAAAUGACUCAAAGGAACACCGUCACAUACAACUCCAUGAUCUCCGCCUGCGCCAAGAAUGGUAGACUCGGCCAUGCGCGCCACCUGUUCGAUAAUAUGUCUCACAGAAACUUGGUUUCUUGGAACACUAUGAUUGCAGGGUACCUGCACAGUAAUAUGGUGGAGGAUGCUUAUGGGCUUUUUGUUCACAUGCCACAAAGAGACCUUUUCUCUUGGACUUUGAUGAUUACUUGCUACACACGCAACGGCGAGCUUGAGAGAGCCAGACAGCUGUUCAGUUUGCUUCCGGAUAAGCGGGACCCGGCUUGUUGGAAUGCCAUGAUUGCAGGGUAUGUGAAGAAGAGGAGGUUUGAGGAUGCGAAGAGAAUGUUUGAUGAAAUGCCGGUGAAGAAUUUAGUUUCUUGGAAUUCGAUGCUAGCGGGGUAUACUAAGAAUGGGGAGAUGUGUUUUGGGGUGAAGUUUUUUGAGGAGAUGCCGGAGAGGAAUGUGGUUUCGUGGAAUUUGAUGCUGGAUGGAUUUGUUCAGGUUGGUGAGUUGGAUAAUGCUUGGAAGUUUUUUGAGAAGAUUCCGGAGCCUAAUGUUGUUUCGUGGGUGACAAUGUUGUGUGGGUUUGCGCAAAAUGGGAAGAUUGCGCAGGCGGAGGAUCUGUUUGAGAAGAUGCCGAGUAGAAAUGUGGUUGCUUGGAAUGUAAUGCUUGCAGCCUAUGUACAAGACCGCCGAAUUGACAAGGCUGCUGAAAUAUUCAGGGAUAUGCCGGAGAUGGAUUCAGUGUCAUGGACUACAAUGAUCAAUGGGUAUGUUCGCGUUGGCAAGCUUGACGAAGCAAGGCAGUUGCUCAACCGGAUGCCGUACAGGAACAUUGCAGCACAAACAGCAAUGAUAUCUGGAUAUGCUCAUAAUGGAAGGAUGGAUGAAGCAAGUCAGAUCUUCAAUCAGAUUGCCACGCGUGAUGUUGUUUGUUGGAACACCAUGAUUGCAGGCUAUGCUCAGUGUGGCAGAAUGGUUGAAGCUCUAUCUCUUUUCAGAAACAUGACCAACAAGGAUGUAGUUUCUUGGAAUACUAUGAUUACUGGUUAUGCUCAAGUAGGGGAGAUGGACAAAGCACUUCAAAUCUUUGAGGAGAUGGGGGAGAAGAACAUAGUUUCUUGGAAUUCUCUAAUUACAGGUUAUGUGCAGAACGGGUUAUAUCUGGAUGCACUGAAGAGUAUUGUGAUUAUGGGACAGGAAGGAAAGAGGCUUGAUCAGUCAACUUUUUCAUGUGGUCUAAGUGCAUGUGCCAAUCUUGCAGCUUUUCGACUGGGAAGGCAACUUCACCAAAUGGUUGUGAAGACUAGCUAUCUAAGUGAUUUGUUUGUCAGCAAUGCCCUGAUUACUAUGUAUGCUAAAUGUGGAAUGGUUGCGAAUGCUAAUCUUGUGUUUGAAGAUAUCAAUCAUGGCGAUAUUGUUUCUUGGAAUUCUUUGAUAUCUGGGUAUUCUCUAAAUGGAUAUGGUAAAGAGGCAGUAGCACUCUUUCUAGAGAUGCUAACAGAAGGGGUGAAUCCAGAUCAAGUGACCUUUGUUGGGGUGUUGUCUGCAUGCAGUCACAGUGGGCUGGUUGAUCAGGGAUUAAAACUGUUUAAGAGCAUGACUGAAGUUCACCUUAUUGAACCUGUAGCCGAACACUAUGCUUGCAUGGUUGACUUGCUUGGCCGUGCAGGAAGGUUAGAGGAAGCCUUUGAAAUGGUAAGGGAUAUGAAGAUCAAGGCAACUGCCAGAAUAUGGGGUGCAUUGCUUGGAGCUUCCAGGAUACACCGAAAUUUACAAUUUGGCAAGUAUGCUACCGAGAAGCUUUUAGAACUUGAACCUGAUAAAGCUUCAAAUUAUGUACUCUUAUCGAACAUGCAUGCUGAGGCAGGCAGAUGGGAUGAGGUUGAGAGAGUCAGGGUGUUAAUGAAGGAAAGUGAUACAGACAAGCAACCCGGCUGCAGUUGGAUUGAAGUCAGGAAUCAGGUGCAUGCUUUUCUCUUUGAUGAUCCAGUGCAACCCAGAACAUCAGAGAUAUGCAGUGUAUUGAAGUCUCUAACCACAGAGAUGACAAACACAAGUUCCUUCAUGGCAUCUUAUGACUGAUGAAAUGUUUACCACCUAAGGGUACUAUAAGUCUAUAAAUGGACGCGGAGGAUCCACUGGAAACAAGUUCAGGAUGUCACUGGGUCUGCCAGUGGCAGCCACAGUGAACUGUGCUGACAAUACAGGAGCUAAGAACCUGUACAUCAUCUAAGUCAAGGGAAUCAAGGGUCAUCCGAAUCUGUUGCUAUCUGCUUGCGUUGGGGGCAUGGUCAUAGGCACUGUCAAGAAGGGUAAGCCUGAUCUGAUGAAGAAACCAGCUGUCAUUUGGAGGCAGCGCAAGCCAUGGCACCAAAAGGAUGGUGUCUUCAUGUACUUCGAAGAUAAUGCUGGUGUUAUUGUUAAUCCGAAGGGAGAAAUGAAAGGAUCUGCAAUUACUGGUCUUAUUGGGAGGAGUGUGCUGAUCUGUGGCCUAGGAUUGCCAGUGCUGCAAAUGCUAUCGUUUAAGUGCUACCAUCUCCAUCUCUCUGCACAAGACAGAUCUUGGGGUUGUCCUUUUUUUUGUUUGAUAAUAGACAUCCCCCAAAUUUGACAGUUUUGUUUAACGGGUCUUAUAUUUUGUGUAAACUUGAAAAGUUGUUUUGCUCUAGAUAUUUUCAUGGUUAGUUUUCUACUUCAAAUUGAGAGUUCUUUUUUAAUUUUCUGGCAUGGUUGGUUCAUAUGAAUUGGCAUUAAACUUGGGAGUGCUUCAAGUGCUUUUUUUUUUUUUUUUGUUGACUUUGUCAAGGGGAACCCAAAGGCU